CUAAUAAUUUAAAAAUACAAUUAAAUCCCUAUUAAAAAAAAUUCUAACUCUAACCCCUUAUCUUGCCCAAGCCCAAAUUCAAGCCUAACGGUGAAAUGGUGAAGUAAUUUGCAGCCUCCUGGGAUUCUCCCAAACUCACUCGAUCAUGCUCAAACCUGGAAAGAAGGGAUGUUCUCGGUAAUACAAUUCAUCAAUUCCCAGAUUCAAAGUCGCAAUCUUUCAAGAAUUUACAGGAACUUACAGUAGGUAAAGUGGCUGCUAAUCUUGAAAGCCCCAGGUCUGUGAUGACUCACUGCAGUGCUGAUAGAGUUAUGUUGAGAAGGCAUUCCUCAAGCCAAGUUCUUCCUUCUGGAAGUAAGAGACUCUGGUGGAAGAUGUUUCUCUGGAGCCAUAGGAACAUACAUAGACCUAUUUCAAGCAAAUCAACACAAGUGAAUCCUGGUGUGGCUGUAACGCACAAUCCAUACGGGUACUCUUCCGACACCCUUGACCGAAGCACAAGCAGUCACCAGGAAAUGUGGAAUGGUAAGUAGUAUUGUAUUCCAUUCAUUACGAUUAAUCACACGAAACCUUACCAGUUACCAAUUACGAACGUGAGUGUGAUUCAGAAGAUAGACGAGAGGAUAUUUCGGUUGAGUAAGAACAAGGCUUCUUCGAAAUCUGCAGCUGAUACAAGAUUUGAGUUCUGAUUCUCUCAUUUUAAGGCUCUUCAGCUUAAUACGCUUCGUAUGUUCGCAAUUGUUGAUUCGCGGUGAUGAACUGAUUAUGCGUUUGGUGCGGAAUUUGCAAUGCAAGCCUCAGAAUCUUAGAUCCUACUAUUGUAAUUUAGAAACAGCGAAAACUAGUGCUUUAUUUGUUGAAUUUUAUCAAAGAAGAGGAAAUUUAUUAUGUGAAGAAGUUUAGUAUUUUGGAAAUGGAUGAUAAUUAAUUAAGGUGAACUAAAGUGAAGUUGUUCUGUUUAGCUAUAAUAUAGAAUCCUUGAGACUUGAAUGUUUUAUCAAAUGCAAGGGUGUUCUAAGAGGCGGCGCAGAGGUGGCAGUGAAGCGAAUAUCACAAGAGAAUGACGGCGUGAGAGAGUUCCUAGCAGAAAUUUCAAGCCUUGGAAGAUUGAAGCAGAGAAACUUGGUUGCUCUGAGAGGAUGGUGCAAGAAAGACAUGGGAAAUUUCUUGUUAGUUUAUGAAUACAUGGAUAAUGGGAGUUUGGAUAAGAGAGUGUUUUGAGAUGAGAGCAUGAUGCUGAACUGUGAAGAGAGAAUAAGAAAUAUCAAAGGUGUGGCCUUUGCUGUGUUGUAUUUGCAUGAAGGUUGGGAAGAACAAGUUCUGCAUAGGGACAUCAAAGCCAGCAAUGUGUUACUUGAUAAGGAUAUGAAUGGAAAGCUUGGAGACUUUGGAUUAGCAAGAAUGCAUAGCCAUCGCCAAGUUGCUAGCACAACAAAGUUGGUUGGAACAGUUGGUUACAUGGCUCCAGAAGUGAUCAAGACCGGACAAGCCUCGACUCGCACGGAUGUGUACAUGUUUGGAAUCUUGAUUUUAGAGGUCAUGUGUGGAAGGAGGCCUAUGGAAGAAGGUAAGCCACCUCUUGUGGAGUUUGUGUGGGGACCAAUGGUUAAAGGGGAACUAAUGAAUGCACUUGAUGAGAGGUUAAGUGCUAAAGGAGACUUCAAUCUGCAACAAGUUGAGAAGGUUCUUCAGUUGGGAUUGUUGUGUGCAUACCCUGAACCAAAAUCAAGACCAAACAUGAGACAAGUUGUGAGUAUUUUAGAAGGGAACAAUGAGGGAGGAGAAGAAUCAGAGAAUGAGAAUGCGGAUACUUGUUUGCUUCUAAAGUUGAAAUCCGAGGAUAUUUUUUCUGAGUAUUCUAAUUAUUUUAGCUAUUCACACCCAACAUUUGAAGAUAUUCGCCAGUCUAAUACUUCUUCAAUGUCUCUUACUUGGUCUAAAUCUGUAGUUGAGGGUAGAUGAAUCUUUUCCCAUCAAUGCAAUUAUGGAGAUGAUGUGUUUAGGUGAUGAAUUUUUUGAUCCAUUUUAUCACAUUAUAUGAUUGAUGUAAAUAAUGUAUCAGAGCAUAAAUGAAUUGAUGAACAUAUGAUUGUGAUCUA